GGGGCUCGGUGCGCCGGGCGCUGGGGCGGAGCGGGGCUAUGGCCGCCCUGCGCUCCCUGCUGCGCUGGCGCCGCCGCCUGGGGCCCGCGCCCGGCGCUCCCCCGGCCCGGCGGCUGUGGGGCGGCGGCGGCGGGGCCGGGGCGGCGGGGCCGCGGCGGUGGCGGCGGGAGCUGGGCUGGGCGGCGGCGGGGGCGGCUCUCGCCGGGUUCGCGGGGUACCGGCUGUCCGAGCGGCGGCGGGAGCCCUCCCGGGAGUCGGCAGCCGCCGAGCCGGGCGGGGCCCGGGCGCUGCUCCCCAUCCCCGUGGCGGCCGCUGCCAAGGAGACGGUGACGGUUACAGACAGCAGAUCAGACCUGGAAGAUUUACACCUUUAUGCAACUCCGCGGGAGCAACGGUUUCGUAGGUUUGCCAGUCUGGAAUUUGAAGGACAGCUAUACAUGACUCCACAUGAUUUCAUCCAGGCUGUUACAAGUGAUGAACCCAAACAUGCUAAAAAGUGGCGAUCCCUUUCAAAGCAGGAGCUGAAUCAGAUUCUUAUGGAGACACCACCGGUUUGGAAAGGAUCAUCCAAACUUUUCCGUAAUCUUAAUGAGAAAGGUGUGAUAUCUUACACAGAAUAUUUAUUCCUCUUAUGUAUUUUAACAAAGCCACAUGCAGGUUUUCGAAUUGCUUUCAACAUGUUUGAUACUGAUGGCAAUGAAAUGGUGGACAAAAAGGAAUUCUUAGUGCUCCAAGAGAUCUUCAGGAAAAAAAAUGAGAAGAGAGAAAAAAGAGGAGAUGAAGAAAAACGUGCAAUGCUGCGUCUUCAACUUUAUGGAUAUCAUACUCCUACUAACAGUGUUCUUAAAACAGAAGGAGAGGACCUUGUCCCCAGAAGCUAUUGGGAUACUUUGAGACGUAGCACAAGCCAAGCACUGUUUUCAGACCUUGCGGAGCGUGCUGAUGAUAUGACAAGUUCACUGUCAGAUACUACACUGCUUGUACACUUUUUUGGCAAGAAAGGAAAAGCAGAACUAAACUUCGAAGAUUUUUAUAGAUUUAUGGAUAACCUGCAAACUGAGGUUCUAGAGAUAGAAUUCCUUUCCUACUCUAAUGGGAUGAACACCAUCAGUGAGGAAGACUUUGCCCAUAUUCUCUUGAGAUACACAAAUGUGGAAAAUACAUCAAGUUACCUGGAAAACCUGCGUGGCAGUAUUCCUGAAGAAAAGGGUAUCACAUUUGAAGAAUUUAGAUCAUUUUUUCAAUUCUUGAACAAUCUAGAAGACUUCACAAUUGCAAUGCAAAUGUAUAAUUUUGCAAGUCGUUCCAUAGGUCAAGAUGAGUUCAAGCGUGCUGUGUAUGUAGCCACAGGUGUGAAGCUCUCACCACAUUUGGUGAACACAGUGUUCAAGAUUUUUGAUGUCGACAGAGACGACCAGUUGAGUUAUAAAGAAUUUAUUGGCAUUAUGAAGGACAGACUCAAUCGAGGAUUUAGGGAGACUCCGAAGUAUGGUUGGAAGGAAUAUUACUCUUGUGUGAUGACUGUAACCAGUGAGCAUAUCAGAGAUCUAUGGAAGCAAUUUCGGAGACGAGAUAUGCUGAGAUAAAGGAAGAAAGCAGGAUUAUCUGCACUGGCUAGAAUUAUUUAUUCCCAUGAAUUCUUAAUGAAGAACAAACUAACCCAGGUGAAUGAUGAAUCUUUCAGCUGCAGUAGAAAACACAGGACUUCUUUUCCACUUAGUGUAGUGAUCAUCAACUCUUAAAACUGCUUUUCAGUAUGUAUUUUAUUUAAUUGAUGAACUAACUAUGCCAUGUAAGUGGGAGAAGCAUUCUUUUGUAAGAACACCUUUUGAAUAUUACUUUUUAUUAUUUUGAGAUAAAUUUGUCAUUUAAAAGGAAACAAAAAUAAGUCUUACACCUGGGCAGGAAGGUGUUUGGCAGUGAAGAGAAACUGCCUGCAUCAGCUUAGACUGUGAAUUCCUUUCAGAUGAGCACUAUUAAAAGUUUGUGCUAAACUGAAAAUGAGACUACAUUAAGUAGCAUAACAAUUACAUAUGAGUUGGAUGGACAAAUUAAACUCUUAAAGGCUGUUAUUUUACAAGGAGUAAAGCUGUUACGGUUCUAAUGUGAAUGAUAGGUAUUUACCUAGGAAAAGUACUGUAUGAACUAUAAUGUUCAGAUUCUCCAAGUCUUAUUAUUAUGUUUAUGAAUUUUUCCUUUCAAAAUAGUACAGAUUUUAAGAUGUCUUACAAGCAGUGUGUCAAAAAAAAGUCAAAAUGUUCAAAUUCAUGUAGCACACACUUUGUAGUAUUUAUUAUAAAUUUUAUUGCCAUACACUGGUAUGUUUCUGGUAGAGUAUAAAUUCAUGUGUUUCUUGUGACUAGUGCACUUUUAUAUGAAGUGGCACUGAGUAGAAAUGAUAGUUGUCUAAUUUGCUACUCUGGAAUGCCGUAUCUGAAAACUAGAUAAAUAGCUUGUGUUUGUGUCAAACAAAAAACAAAACAAAACAUGAAUGCAUGCACAGUACAGAACAACACUAAGUAAUAUUAUUUGAAUAUUACUUGUUUGCUAUCCAGCAGCAGCAUGUUUCCUUAUUCCCUGUUAACAUUAUUGUUAGGUAGUAGGAAUUAAAUCCACACAAACAAGAACACAUAUUUUUUACACCCUUCUUGAAAAGAUUUACUGGAUAUUGAAUAAAUCUGUAUCUGUUUAGGAAAAGACUGUGCCAUGAAAUAAUUCCAGCUUAAUACGCACACACUUGAACUAAUGUCAAUAAAUUGUCAUCAGAAGCAGAAAUAUUUGGUAAGCAGACAAUCAAAACAGAACUAAAGUAAUGCUUUUAGAUAUCUUACUACUCCAAAUCAUGAAAUAAAACUUUUUACAAUUUUAUUCCAUGCACAGGUUGCUCAAUUACCAUCUUAAAUGUCAUUUGAAUAGAUGUAUGGUGUAUGUGUAACAGUGCACCUAAGUUUUGAAGUGCUUAAUUUAUAGUAACAUAUUUUUGGUAGCAAAAUCAAAACAAAAUGAGAAGGAAGCUUUUUUUUUAAGAAAUUCCACUCUGGGAAUUGUAGAAAAAAAAUGUGCUAAGUGUGGCUUUUAUCUGAAAAAAAACCCAAAACCCAGGCCAGUUCAGAAACCUAUCAAAGGAUGAUACUUCAGUUAAUAUUUCAUGAUAAAGAAAUUCAAAUUUUCCACCUUGGUGUCCUUAAACUAUUGACAGCAAGAAAUGAAUCACAUAAAUUGAGAUAAAGAUUCUUGAAUUGACACAGCAGAACACAGAUAAGCUGCAGUCCCUGUGUGAUCAUUUAGGGAAUCAAUGGUAUUCAAUGUAUCGUCUCGGUACGCAAAACUGUCUCACUGCUCUUGUCAGCAUAUGCAAAACCCAGUUUGCUACUUCAGUGGCAAAGGACAAAGAAGAGAGAAGAAAACAUUGGGAGUCACUGAAGGAGUUCCCAUCCUUCCUUUUCAUUCAUGACUGCCACUCACAGUGACCUCCCCUUGGAGGAAGCAGCUGUACCACCAUCAUUUUGCUGCUCCACUGCCCUAGGCAAUAGUGCACUUUGCUUUUAUGGCUGGCUUGAAGCAAUUUUAGCAUUUUUCUAUAUAUUUCCUAUCUAUAGUUACUUAAUAUAAAAUAGAAUGUGAAAGUGUCAGAUUAGUUUUUAAGACUAUUUUUUCUUCAUGUUUAAUAAUAUUAUUUAAUAUAAAUAUGAAUAUAUACAUAUAAUAUUCUUGUUUAUUUCAAAAUAAAUGCACUUGAAACUAA